AUGGAUACAUUUUUAAAAGGAUAUUACCUCCCAAAAGAAAUUGUGGAGUUGAUCUUUGGGUACCUCGAUAAGGACAACGAUAUUAAAAACUGCCGUCUGGUAUGCUCGAAUUGGAACUCUAAUGUAUACUCCAUUUGUUUUAAGUGUGGGAUUCAAGUAGCUCUGGGAAGCGCUAGUAGAUGCGAAAAGCUUAUGAAAGACCUGGUCGAGUUCCCUCAGUUGGUUUCCAAAGUUCGGAAACUAUGUCUUAGCUAUAUCGAUGAAGACCCUAUCGAACCCAAUAUGUUUGUCUCGUUACUGGAUCAAUGUACCUACAUUGAGAAUCUCAGAUUUUGUAUAAAUCAAACUGGCGAACAGUAUUUGUUGGCGUUGUUCAAUGACACACCACAUAUCUCACGUAUGAAAGAAAUCACUGUAGAUAAAGUACACUUUUCUUCUAGACCUAUUCGAAUAAGCCAUUUGUUGAUCAACUUCGUGUAUCGUAAUUCAAUAACGGUGUUGGAAAUAAGUGAUGUUCGCAAUGAAACAGCUGCUGGAAUUUCCGUUGAUGGGAAAAUAUAUAUCGAUUCAGCAUAUAGGAAAAAUCCAAGAUUAGCUAUGAAACUUGAUUUUAUGGAUGAAUCUUGUCAUACAUUGAUCGAAUUCGCUACUAAAUUUCCCAAGUUAAAGGUCUUGAAAUUACUGCCAGGUUUGCUUUCUGAUGAUAUUGAUAUCUCUGCUUUGAUGGAGGCAAAUAUGCAUACAUUGGAAACAUUGCAUAUUUUUGGUUCUCAUUGUAAUUUGGAUAUGAAAAAACCAUUUUAUAGCUGGCCAACUGUCAAUCCAUGCAACUCUAUAACAGAAAUUGAUAUACGCGUACUUCGAGUUUGCGCAGGAACUUUGGAAUGUGUCAUGACAUUGACAAAUCUUCAAAAGCUGGUCAUUAAUCUGGAAUUACAUUCAACCUUUUAUGAAAGAUCUUCUUUUGACAAAGAUAAAUCUCAAUUAUUGAUAGAUCGAUUCACUUCAUAUUGCAAUAGAGUCAAAAAGGUUGAAGUCUAUAUGGUUUACGAAACGUUUGCUGAAGACAAUGCAGUCGUUCGAAGACAGAUGGUUACUCAAGAUGGUCGAUUAAUUGACAUGGAACAUAAAAUCAGUUCUUGCUGCAGCGAUUUAAACAUAUUUUUUACGAGGGCGUUCAAUAUCGAAGAUUAUGAUAUUACUGAUCAAAAUGUCUAUAUUUAUGGUGAUGGUGACACUGAAUGA